AUGAAGGUGUUAGUACUUCUACUAUUAGUCCUAUGGUGUAAAUCAAUUCAUCUACAAGAAACUGAAAAUGGAAAUGUUGGAAAAACUCAUCCAUCAUCGUUGGAUAACUCAGGAACACUCAUCACUAUAGUAGAACAUGAACAACAGCCAACUAAAAUUGUUGAAACUGAACUUGAAGUAUUAGUCAAAUCAGAUGAUGGUCUGUUGAAAAAGAAUGAUCUUCAAUCAAUAAACAUAUUAGAUUCAUAUUGUGAAGAUAUGAAGAAAAUGAUGAAAGAAGUUGAACCAAAAUUGAGUUCAGUUAAUUUAUCAUGUGAUAUCAAUAUAGUAAAACAGAAAAAUAAUGAAAAUGGAACUAUAAUUUAUAUUACACUUACUAUGUAUUCAAAUGAAUUGGAGAAAGCAUUUUUAUCUGAGAAUUGGUUUGAAUUAUUGAAAGAUGUACUAUUAUCUGGUAAUAAAAAGGACACUGAUACAAAGAUAAUUGAGAUCAUUUCAAUGAGUGAUUUAAAAAUUCAUGAAAAAGAACUCUAUGAGAUUGAAAUUACUUCUCACUUAACUAACACAAAAGUUGAUUGGUGUUCCGAAUUGCAAACUGUGAUGUCAAACAUAUUUCAAAAAUUUGGGAAAACAGUAGAAAACUGUUUCAUUGAUGAAAAAGAAGGAAAAUUUAAAGUGAAAUUAUCAACAGUGAAGCUCUUACAUCAAGGAUAUUGUUGCAAUGAAUACAAUUUGAAACGACGAAUUUUCUACUCAGUCGUAGAAUUGCGCAAGAAUCGUCGAAAAAUCACGGAGCAAGCCAAUUCACAAACGAGCUUGAAACCUGCCUUGACUAAAAUCAAUGGAAGCAGAAAAAGGAAAACACGACGUUCACGUUAA